GAGACGAUCUUCGGGGGUGUAAUCUCUCCGGAUAAAGAUAGAGCGACUGUGAGCAUGCGCCCGAGGGGUCGUCGAAGAAUCCAGUAAAUAGAACUCCUCGGAGCACGAGCCCACAGUGUCGGCGCUGACGUCACGGCCUACAUUGAGAGCUCGAGCUGAAUCGUUAAGCGCGAGCUUCAGACGGAGGCGCGCCGAGGCGAAGGACGCAACUACCCAACAAUGAUGAACUCCAGUCGGUGCGACUCUGCUGCUUUCUGAGUGGAAAAUACAACAUUUUUUUUUUUUAUAUAUUGUUAUAAUUGUGGGGUAUUUCUUCAUUCCAGCGACAAAAACAAACCGACGGACAUUUUGGAGACGGUUUUCGGGGUUUCAAACAACAUGUCCUCCGCGGCGGUCGCUGCCUCCAGAAGGCAGUCCUGCUAUCUGUGCGACUUGCCCCGCAUGCCGUGGGCGAUGAUUUGGGAUUUUACCGAGCCCGUUUGCCGUGGAUGUGUCAACUACGAGGGGGCAGACCGGAUUGAAUUUGUUAUCGAGACUGCCCGGCAGUUAAAGCGAGCACACGGCUUCCAGGACGGCCGCUCUCCGGGGCCGGGGAAGCCCCACCACGCCACCGGGAAGGAUAUCAACCACCACUCGGUUGGAGGAGGAGGAGACCCGGGCUCGCGAGCGCCACCGCAGCCGUUGGACCGUUACCCGCUAACUGACCGGCCUCCGCGGCUGGGACCGGAGUACCAGGCGGCAGCAGGGCGGCAGGUAAACGGUCUACCGAACGGAUUCCCGAAACCAGACGAGCCUCCGGAGCUGAACCGUCAAAGCCCAAACCCCCGCAGGACUAGCACGGUUCCUCCCAACCUGGUGCCGUUGGUGAACGGCGGCAUUCCGAGCAUACAUUCGCUCAACGGCCGCGCGGCUCAGAUGGGUCUGCCAGCCGGGGUUCUGUCUGCACACGGCCCCGGCGGCGGGGGCGAGCACGGCGGGAAGCGUCAGGAGGAGAUGAAAGACAUGAAGCACAGGCCGGACAGCCUGUUGGACAUGUCGGACAGCCACAAGGACUGGAUGGGCAAAGGGAAGACGGUCAGGGACCUGAUGGCUCUGCACACUUUCGACAGCAGAUUUAAAAAGGACCACGCCGCCAUGCAGCGGGUGAUGGGAUAUGAAACGAGUGCCACUUCCUCAAAAACAGACCGGGGGAAGCACCCCCGCAGCCUGAAGAGAAAGACUUCCCCAGAGCCAGAAGGGGAGGGCAGCGCCCCCAAAAUGAACGGCGGCGAGGGCCAGCCGUGGCUCCCGUCCCCCUCCGAGGUCCUGAAAAUGCCGCCGACCGGCCUGCCGGGCUUCUCCGUCAACCCGUCCUCCACCAUCUCCCCGCACUCCCGCACCACGCCGCCGGAGCCCGCCACGGCCCAGAACGGCCAGUCCCCGAUGGCGGCGCUCAUCCUCGCCACGGACAACGUGGGCAACGCGGGCUCGCCGAAAGACGCCAACCAGGUACACUCCACGACGACGACGACGAGCGCGCGGCGGAACAGCGGCAGCCCCCUGUCGCCGUCCUCCGCCUCGCAGCGGAGGCUCGCCCAGAGGGAGGUCGGCGGCUCCGUGCCGCUGCACGGCCCCGGCGGCGGGUUGGACCCGCACGCCGCUCCGCUGCAGAGCAUCCCGGACUCUUCGGUGCCGCCCGGCGGCGUGCCGCUGUGCUGCACGCUGUGCCGCGAGCGCCUCGAGGACACGCACUUCGUCCAGUGCCCGUCGGUGCCCUCCCACAAGUUCUGCUUCCCGUGCUCCCGGGAGAGCAUCAAGCAGCAGGGCGCCACGGGCGAGGUGUACUGCCCCAGCGGCGAGCGCUGCCCGCUGGUCGGCUCCAACGUGCCCUGGGCCUUCAUGCAGGGAGAGAUAGCCACCAUCUUGGCCGGGGACAUCAAGGUAAAAAAGGAGAGAGACCCUUAAAAAUGUUCACCGGCUUUUCCUUUUUGUAAUCCGACUACGGCAACAAAGGCAGGACGCUCACGUCCAGAGAGACAGAGACUUACCGUGGGACAUGUACAUAGUGGACACAAGGGGAAGCGUAUACUUCGUAAACAAUGGCUGUAUAAUUCUUUUUAGAUUUCCUUUUUUUUCAAUACGUUGUUUCUAUAUUUUUGAAGAUAAAAAGAAGGUAUGUACUUCCUCAUAACGGGCUCCUUCCCUUCCCGUCACAGCUUGUUUCGGUUACACUUUACUUGAAGGUAUCUAUGUAAUCAGUCCCUGCUGAACAACGUGAUUUAUGCGAUCGCAUAAUUCAACGCAUAAUCAGCCAAAGUCCGCAUAUUUGUGAAAUGCGGGGGCCGUAUUUUUUUU